UCUUCCUGGUUUGAAUAUAACAUUGUGGACAUAUGAAUUAUACAAAGUUUGUUAAGUUUAAAGCUGAAUAAUGGAGAUAAAGGCUCAAAACGUUCUUUUGAAAAUAGUAUUGUUCGUGUUCUUCGGAUUUUAUAUGUGCGGUGGUACCCAGUGCGAUUCCAACUGCAAUGACUGUGACACCAGUGAGUCCUCUGGAUCAUGUCGUAACUGCCGAGACGGUUUCUAUCCAAUCAAUUUUAAUUGUCAAACUUGUACUUAUCAAAAUUGCAAAACAUGUUCUAAUGCGUCAAACUGUGACUCCUGCAAAGACGGUUUUUGGGGUGAACACUGUGAUGGACAAUGUGCAGAAGGGUGUGUUGAUAGAAAAUGCAAUAUUAAUAACGGUUUUUGUUCUUGUCUUACGAACUUUUACGGAAAUAAAUGCGAUGGAAUAUGUUCGGACCGUUGCGUUCCUUCCACUUGCUUUGGUAAUAGUGGUAAUUGUGUGUGUAAACAAGGAUAUUUUGGGGGAGCGUGUCGCUCACAAUGUGGCAAUUAUUGCACCGAUUGUACAAAUAUCACGUCAUGUUCAUUGUGUGAAAUAGGGAAGUUUGGUGAUAAGUGUCAAUUAUUGUGUCAAUGCGAUGGCAAUACAUGUGAUAUUGUAACAGGGGACUGUCUCCAUUGUGGAACAGACUGUUUGUCUUGCAAUAAUAACGUGUGCGCUUUAUGUGUAAGCGGAAAAUAUGGAGAUCGAUGUGAGCACACGUGCUCGUCGACUUGCUAUGAUGUGUGUGACAAUCAAGGUCAUUGUCAGUCGUGUAAGUCAGGGUAUUAUGGUCAUCAAUGUGAAUUUGGAUGCAAUUGUGAGUUUGGGUGCGAUAAAGUUCACGGCAAAUGUGAAAUUAAAGCUUGUCCAAUCAACUGCAAUGGUACCUGUGAUGAUUCUACACAGAUAUGCAAUGCAUGUAAUGAUGGUUAUCACGGACCAUAUUGCAAUAUAACGUGUCCUGGUUUGUUUUGUCUUGGUAACGAAUGUAAACGAGAGAGUGGGGUGUGCUUAAACGGAUGCAGAGAUGGUUACUUCGGAACUAUAUGUGAUCAGGAAUGUUCUCAAGGAUGCCGAAAUAAUUCAGGAACAAUAUGUGAUCUAGAAGGUGCAUGUCUUGGAGGAUGCACUGAAGGAUACGUUGGCAAAAGAUGCAAAUCAGACACACGAACGGAUGAGUUAUUGAAUACUUCAAGUACUUCAAAUACUUCAACUAUUGCUGCAAUUGUUGGAGGCAUAGGGGGUGUUGUUGUAACUGCUGCCCUUGUAGUGACGAUCCUUUUCUUGCUCAGAAAAAGGAAAACCCGAAAACCGUACGAGGAAUACACAGACGGUGUUGGUAACGAAUAUAACACAAUCGGACCUGUUUCUGAUGGAACUCCUAAGACGAAAACAUUCCCAAAGACAUCAGAAUAUAGUCCUACUAGGUAUGACACAGCUGCAAAUAUUGUAAUGAUCGGUGAAAAUUUGGAAGCACCAGAAGAGGAGGAACUUGAAAUAGAUUUGGACGAAGAGAGGCGAACACAGAAAAGGAAACUGGCCAAGAAGGUUGAGGAGAACGUUUACUACAUCGGUAUACAGGAUAUCGAGAAACGGAAAGUGAAGGUGGAGGAACUGGCAGCUUUUGUGGCUGGAAAGACUCUUGAUUACUAUGAGGAGGAAUUUGAUAAAUUCUCUGACGGCCUCACAAGAAGCUGUGACGUUGCCAAAUUACCUCGAAACAGAGAAAAAAACAGAUACAAAGGAUUAUAUGCCUAUGAUGAUACAAGGGUGAAAGUGAUUGGUUUUGACACUGAUUACAUCAAUGCUAACUACAUCGAUGGCUUCAAGGAGAGAAAUGCGUAUAUUGCUUCGCUUGGUCCAAUGUCGAAACAGAUGGGAGACUUUGGCAUGUUCUGGAAUAUGAUUUCGCAACAGAAGGUGGAGAAGAUCGUCAUGGUUACCAACCUGAUGGAGGAAGGGAAAGAGAAAUGUGAGCAGUACUGGCCCAAUGUUGGGAUCACUAAAGACUACAGCGGGGUGAAGGUCACCUGUCAGAGCGAGGAUGCGUAUGCAGAGUUUACGAGAAGGUUGCUGCUCCUAAAUGAUGGUAAAUCUGAGAGGCAGUUGCACCACCUGCACUUCACGGCCUGGCCUGAUAGGGGAAUCCCAGAGGACGUCACAGCGCUGAUUGAGUUCCGACAUAGAGUGCUUAAUUCUCCUGCUCACCUCGACGGUCCAACGCUGGUCCAUUGCAGUGCGGGAAUCGGUCGAACAGGGACAUAUAUUGCGUUAGAUAUUCUAACAAAGGAAGGCAAUUCGAACAAGGCCGUUGAGAUUCCAGGAUGCAUCAUGAAUAUGAGACAGAACAGGCCAAACAUGGUCCAGACAACGGAACAGUACGAGUUUCUACACCUUGCACUGGUUCACACCCUGUCUUUUAACUGUGAGCAGAUACCAGAAAAACAGUUUCAGGACUACAUGAUCGAGACAAGCAAAGGCGAUCUUAUCAGGCAAUUUAAGAAAAUUAUGGACACCCCCCACGUUCACACUGACGAUGAAAUCGUUGCUAAAAAACGAAACAAGUCUGAGAAAGGAAAGAACAGAAGUGUGGCAGAUAUCCCAGGCGAUGAAUACCGCCCUCGACUAUAUCUGGGAAUAAGACAUGGUGAUUCAGAUUAUGUCAACGCUGUCUUUGCUCAUGCGUUUCAGGCGAAACGGAAGUACAUUGUCGCCCAGUCUCCGUUGCCAAAUACUGUACAGGAUUUCCUUACAUUGGCUUACCAAGAAAAUUGUUCAUGCAUUGUCAGCUUUGAGCAAAGUGACGGCAAAAAGGAUAUAGGUGAAUAUUAUCCAGCGGACAAUCAAGUGCUCAAGAAAGGUCAACUGUCUAUUUCAUGUGAGAGGGAUAAAGUCAAGAACGAGUACAGUAUUCAGAAAUGGCUAACUAUUGAGUUCAAGGGAAGCACACAGGGUGAAGGUGGGAAGAGUACACUGCGACACUUUGAGUUUACCGACUGGAACCUGACUGGAAAUGUUCCAUGCAGCCCUGCUAACUAUGUUGCAUUUUUGAGAGAUGUCAAAAUGGCAUCGUCCAAUGCGCCUGUUCUUGUCCACUGCAGGGACGGAGGUAGUAAGAGCGGGCUGUUCUGUGUUAUGGCAUUCCUCAUGGAGAAGAUGGAAGUAGAGCUCGAGGUCAGUGUGGUUAACGCAGUCAGGAAGGUCAAGGCCAGGAGACCCAACGCCGUGGCCAAUCAGGCACAGUUCGACUUCUGCCAUGAUUGUGUUCUGGAGUUCGUCCGUUCGUUCAAACCAUACUACAAUUUCACAGGAGAUAUAAAAUGUGGAUUGGAAAACAAUACUUAAUUAUCUUGAUUUGUUAUAUUGUCGUCAAAUUCUGAUAUGUUUUGUUUGUUUUAGAUUGUAUACCAUUGUGUAAAGUUUGGGGCACUUCAAGUUUAGCGGUUCCCACAAUAUAAGUAUUCCAAGUUCAAACAGCUAACACAAUUAUCUGGGCUAUAUUUAGAAUACAUAAUUCCAACAGUUAUUUGAGUUCACCGCUCCCAGCCAGCCCUGAUUUACUCGUGAAGUAAAAUAAUUUUAUUUGCGCGGUACCAACAGGGACAUCUAAAUGGUAUCUACUCAAAAUACUUAUGUGAACAUACUUUUAGCAUAUUGUUAUAUCUACUCGUAUAUUAGCUACCACUACGUACUUAAGUAAAUAAAGCCAACUGCUUCGUUUGUACAUCAUAUGAACGUUUCGUUUUUGGAUUUUGUUGAACUGUAGUUAUGACCCUAACAGUACGGCUUUAUCUAUUCACAGAUGUGUUUUAUUUAUACACACGUUUCUGCAUUCAUCUGCUUAAUGCUAAUUCUAUAAAUCUGAGCGUGUUUCCUUUUUAGUUUAAACUUAAAUGUGUAAGAACUUCUGCAACAUGUGAAUAGGUUCCUUUGUUAAGUGGAAUAUGGACACAUGUAUCUAUAUUGCAGAGAUGAGAUUCUUUUCUGUAUUGCUCAUAACUACCCAGCGCGUUCACAGUUUCAAAUACGCCAAGGAGUGGUUCCGCUCAAGGGACAGGCUGCGGUAUUGUUAUAAGUAAUGUUAAACCGUAUAUUAACUGCCGCUUUGUAUCGCUAUUUUCGUUUAAUUACAUAAUGGCUUUGUAAUGAUUAUGCUUUGAUGAGUGGUGUACUAAUUAAAAAUCUAAACAUU